AUGCGCUUUAAAACGAGAUAUUCGUUACAUAACAUUCGAGUGCAAGGAGAAGCUGCUAGUGCCGAUCAUGUGGCUGCUCAGAGUUUUCCUGGAAUAUUAAAGGAAAUUAUCGAAAGUGGAGACUAUUCGCCUAAACAAAUUUUUAACGUGGACGAAACUGGUUUGUUUGGAAAAAAAAUGCCCUCUCGUACUUUUAUAUCACAGGAAGAAAAGUCUAUGCCUGGAUUUAAAGCGGCUAAAGAUCGUUUGACGUUGUUAUUGGGUUCGAAUGUUGAAGGUGAUCUUAAAUUGAAACCCCUUUUAGUUUAUAGGUCUGAAAAUCCUCGAGCUCUCAAAAAUUACGUCAAGAGUACUCUUCCAGUUAUAUGGAAGGCUAAUCCAAAGGCAUGGGUUACAUCAAUACUUUUUGAAGAAUGGUUUACUAAGCAUUUUAUAACUGAAGUGAAACAGUACUGUUCAAACAAUAAUUUGGCUUAUAAAGCUUUACUUAUUUUGGACAAUGCUCCCGGCCAUCCUGUGCGUAUUGCCGAUAUUGAUCCUCAAAUCAAAGUCGUGUUCCUGCCUCCCAACACCACUUCGUUGUUACAGCCGAUGGAUCAAGGAGUUAUCGCGUCUUUUAAGGCCUAUUAUCUCAGGAGAACUUUUUCACAGGCUGUAAAGGCUAAUGAAAAUGAUGGCAUGGAGCUGAGAGAUUUUUGGAAAAGUUAUAAUAUCCUGCAAUGCGUAAAAAAUAUUGCUACUUCAUGGAAUGAGCCAUCUGAAAGUUCUACAACUACAGAUCAACCAAAUGUCGAUGAGAUCACAACUGACAUUGUUCAUUUGGCUAACCGUUUCCCUGACAUUGCAGUUACUACUGAUGAUAUUGAUGAUCUGUUAAGCUCACAUUCGCAAGAACUGACUGAUGAAGAUCUUAUUGAAUUGGAGGCACAAGUACAAAAGGAAGCACUCGAGUCACAAGAAAUAGCUUCUUCUAUUACCUAUCACUGUUACCAAGAUCUGUAUGAUAGCAAGAAGAAAGAAGCCAAGCAAUCUAGAAUUGAUAGUUUCUUUAAGCCAAAAGUUUAA